AUGCCUCGUAUUUGUAGCAGUCAAAGAAAUAGAAGCAAUGUACCAUCUAACAACAUUGAAGAAUAUUACAAAAAAUCUAUUUUUAUACCGUACUUGGACGAUUUGAUGAUGGCAUUAAAUGAAAGAUUUAUACCUCACAAUGAAAUUAUAACUUCAUUACAAUAUGUCUUACCAAGUAUUGUAGUUGAAAAACCAUUUUCUUAUUUAAAAAAAGCUGCUGAAUUUUAUGAAAAUGAUUUACCGGGGCUAAAUGACGUUAUAGAAGCAGAGUACGAAAUUUGGCAGGCUAAGUGGAAGAAUAUUGAAAACAACUUAAGGCCCACAACUGCUAUAGAGGCUUUGAGUGUCUGUGAUAAUUUAAUGUAUCCAAACAUGUAUGAAUUAUUAAAAAUACUAGCUAUAAUACCAGUAUCCACCGCUACAGCUGAGCGCAGCUUUUCGACGUUGAGAAGACUCAAAACGUAUUUAAGAAAUACAACUUCAGAAUCCAGACUAGUGGGACUUGCCCUUUUAGCUAUUCAUAGAGAUAUUGACAUACCAGAUGACAUUUUAUUAGAUAAAUUUGCUAACAGUGGCAAAGAAAGAAAUUUAAAUUUGAUUUGA